GUGCCAAGUUUUAGUCAGAUUACUACAGCAGCGUGAGACACAGAUUCACUUCAGAACGCGUGGGUGAGUGUUCAUCACGGGGCUGACGCUCGAGAAUGCUAUACGCUCCAGAGACUGAGCAUCGGAUCGGCUCCAAAAGAGAACCUCUCCUCAAAUACGUGUCGCUCAUCUGGACCGUAACAUAACGAGGACUUCUGUUGCCAUCAGCGGGCUGAAGAGGGUCAUAUCGACCACGUUUCACAUUUUGAAGGAAUCAUCAUGAGGGUGACUUUUACAACCAGCUGGAUUUUUCAAGGCUGGAUCAAGAACAUUAUAGUGAUUCUCUGUAUACACGUUGUCUACUCCAAACCAUGCAAGUCCAACCAGUAUCUGAAAGACAAGAAAUGCUGCAGCAAAUGUGAACCAGGGACAUACAUGUUCGCGCCUUGCACUGGCAACUCAGACACAAAAUGUCGCCCGUGUGGGAGGGACGAGUACCAGCCAGACUGGACCAACGACACCAAGUGUAUGCCCCAGCGCUUCUGCGACACCGUGAAGGGGUUCAGCCAGGACCGUCCACAGGACCCCAAGGCUGCCGUGCCGUGUCCGUGCAUGAAGGGCCUGCAGUGCUCGCCUACCAACUGUGAGUUCUGCGAGCGCAUCCCCCCGUGUCCACCUGGAGAAGGACUCACUAUGGACGAGUCCGGUCGAGGCUCCUGUAAGGCAUGUCCAGAGGGGUAUUUCUCUGACAAAGAAUCCACUGAGCCAUGCAAGCCGUGGGUGAGUUGUAAAGACUCUGGGAAGAGUGAAGUGAAGUCUGGGAACUCCGAGAGAGAUGCCGUGUGUGGACCCGCAGUCCUCGUUUCCUCCACGUCAGGGGUUGUGGUGGCCAUUUUGUCUGUCAUCAUGGUCGUGUCCCUCGUCAUCCUUACGCUGUUCUGCUACAAGGACAAGAUGAAGCUGCUCUCCGUGAAUGUGAGAUCUUGUGUUCAAAACCUGAAAAGGAGCAGGAUACAGCAGGAGACCCUGACGCCGCCCCACAACGUCCCACAGCACUGCACCUUUGAGAUCACCCGUCUGCUUCGCCCAGACGAGUUCCUCACUCAGUGUCCCAGCACCGUCCUGGCCAUCGAGGGAGGGCAGGAGGUCGCCUCGGCAACCGCAUCCACAUCCCCCUCCCUGGACCCGGUGGCGGUGGAGGGCUCGUCGGGGGAUGUGAGCGAGGACGGGUCAGUGGAGGCCCGGGGAGCCACGUCGGUGCUGUCUGGCGUCUCCUCCUCCUCCUCCUCCUCUUCCUCCUCCUCUUCGUCCAGCUCUGGCUCGUGCAGCUGCGUGAUCUCCCUGAAGGAGCCGGUGGAGCUGGGCGAGAACGAGGACUGCAGUCAGGUGGUGUCGCACGGCCUGGCAGGCGUCUGCUCCUGCGGGGGUGGUGAGCGAGAGGAGCGCACCACAGCAGGAGGAGGAGGAGGAGGAGCAGGAGGAGGAGGAGGUGGAGGAGAAGCAGGAGGAGGAGGUGGAGAAGGAGCAGGAGGAGGAGCAGGAGGAGGAGGAGCAGGAGGAGCAGCAGGAGCAGGAGGAGGAGGAGUUGAGAGAGUCCCAGAGGAGUCCCCUCUCUGUCAGAACUGCUGCCCUGAGGAGGGCCUGCGUGGCUGUGUGGACUGCACUGACCUCCACGCCUCCCAGGACCUCUACCUGGACUACAGCAGCCUGCCGGCGAAGGACACCAUGUCCGAGCCACGGGGCGCAGGUGACGGCCGCCAGGAGGGCCCCCGGGUCACCACGGGACUCCUGUGCCCGCACAACGAGCCACAUUGCUGUAGCCCGGAGUCCGGCAGUACCGCGACGGCACCGGCCGCUCUGUCCCUGCCCAGCACCAACGGCAGCACCAACGCCAGCGGCAACGGCAGCACCAACGCCAGCGAGCACGGCCUGUCCCUCAGCUGCAGCGCCGAGCGCAAGCUGCCCGCACAGGAUGAGGACGCCGAGUACCAGGCCCACUGCUCGGAAACCGCUCUGACCUCAGGUCAGGUGACGGGGAACCACAACACCACCUUCAUCUCCAGCGGCCAGGUGAUGAACUUCAGCGGCGAGGUCAUCGUGGUCUACGUCAGCCAGACGUCUGAGGCCGACGCUGGUGGCGGCUGUGUCGGUGGGGUCAAGUCGAGCGAGCCGUUCAGCUGCCCCGUCCAGGAGGAGUCCAACAACGGCUCUCCUAACGUCCAGACCGCCCCCAAGACGCCACAGGGCAUCGCGCCCAGCGCUCGGCAGGACAGCCCCCUACCUGUUCAGGAGAUGGCCCGCAGGUGGCCCGGCACGGUGAAAUGAGCGAGAGGUGGAGACGCUUCGGCGUCUGACCACGGAGCUGACCCUUGUCCUCCUCCUCCUCCUCCUCCUCCUCCGCAUCUGUGCUCUCCCCUCCCGGAUUGUUGAAGCACUGCUGAAGUGCUUCUGAUGUGUAUAAGAUAAAAUGCUAUGCAUUUGUUGAAUGGGUAUUGUACAUAGCCUUUGGUUCAUCACUAGUGCUUCAUGUUGCAGAUGCAGAUGUUAGUGAUUACGUCUCGGUUGCAAGCUGGCUUUAUCCUCAAACAUCUCGUUGACAAGCAAGUCUGAUGAUGCACGACACUUUUGUUUCCGCAGACAACGUGGAAAACACACACACACACACACACACACAUGUGCGUUGUAGCCCUAGGAAAGACACAGAGGUGAGGCAGAGUGAAAGUUCAGUGUCCAGAACAAAAGUGCAUUGUGUCCCUUCUUGGCUGUGUCGUCUCUCCAGGCCCUUUGUCUGUCUGAUGCAGGCCCUUCAGACGGAGUAGAGGGCCCAGCGUAGCCCCCCCCCCCCUCCCCCACCCCACCCCACCCCACCACCACCACCACCUCCAGGACAAGCCUCACACACACCAAACCAACCCUGGACAAUCCUCACAUGCUCAUUUGAACUGUUUCAUUGUACCAGUAUGACUGACGGGUGCAGAUUUGUUUUUCUUUUUGAUGUACUUUUUGAUAACAGUAAAUCUGUAGCAGUUAAUGUGUGCAUAACGGCCUUCAAUCAGUUAAGUGCCUUGUUAAGCUGUUUUAUGAUUCUUGGUCUUUUGUCUUAUUUAAAAUGGUGGUGUUGCAGCUACAAACCAAAGGGAAUUUUGUAACACUUUACUGAAAAAGGUGUUCUAAAUGAACUAUGUCUGUGUGUUCAUAAGGGUUUAUGGUAUAUAAAUGAACUAUGUGUGUGUCCAUAAGGGUUUAUGGUAUAUAAAUGAACUGUGUGUGUCCAUAAGGGUUUAUGGUAUAUAAAUGAACUAUGUGUGUGUCCAUAAGGGUUUAUGGUAUAUAAAUGCUCUACUAUAGUGCUUGACAUACAGUAAACACUCAUAACUUACUGAAUGACCAGAAUUAAAAUUGUGAAAGUUUUCCAUUACAACACCUUCACUUCACUUCAUUUGAUGCCUUACAAUGUCUUACCGAGUGAUAACUUCCCUGACAUCAAUGUAAUUUUAUAAACAAGACAAAUAUCAUGGACAAAAAUCAAAUUAUGCAUUAUCACAUAUACUUUUUACUGUAAAGAUUUUAAAUUAAAUUUUAAAUUAAAUUUUAAUUUAAUGAUUUUUGCAGGAAAUUGUGAACAUUGAUGUUCAUGACUGAAGGCUUAUGUCUUGCAUAAUAAGGCAUUAUGAAUGUGGUAUAAGCCCUAAUGAAUUUACCGUAACACAUUAUGGAUACCUUUUUGAAGUAACAUGACUUUUUUUAUAAGAGUAUAUUUGUUUGUACAUUUAUUCAUGUUAACAAAUACAAAUAAAACUAUUUGAACGGCGA